UCACCUCCGGGGUGGGUCUCCGGUGGGAUCCCGGGUCUCCAGAGUAGAGGGUGGGCCAGGCCAGGGAGUUACGUUGGCUCUAUCCUCCGCCGGCCUCUUUGCCCCAGUUGCGAGGACCCGGGAGCCCCCAGGCCAGCGGGGACUGAGCUCUCGGGUUCGAGUCCGCAUCUUCACGUUGUGUCAGACCCUGCGAGGGCAGGAGAAGAAGGGAUUUGCGUGGGGGCACUGGGCCCCGGCCCUCUGGCCGGCCGAGGGGGAUCUCGGAACCCCAUCGAAGAGGUGCAGAGUAAGAAAAUUGAAGUCAAAGACCAUGGGAGAUGCAGCAAAACCUUAUUUUGUGAAGCGUGCUAAAGACCGAGGGACUAUAGAUGAUGAAGAUUUCAGAAGGGGUCACCCCCAGCAAGAUUUUUUAAUAAUGGAUGAUUAUACUAAAGGCCAUAGCAGUAAAAUGGAAAAGAGCCUUCCCAAGAAAAAAAUAACACCAGGGAACUAUGGGAAUACCCCCAGAAAAGGACCAUAUGCUGUUUCCAGCAAUCCAUAUGCAUUUAAAAACCCAAUUUACAGUCAACCCCCUUGGAUAAAUGACAACCACAAAGAUCAGAGUAAGAGGUGGCUGUCUGAUGAACUUGGUGGUAAUUCAGACAAUUGGAGAGAAUUCAAACCUGGGCCUAGAAUUCCGGUUAUAAACCGACCAAGAAAAGACUCCUUUCAAGAAAGUGAAGAUGGAUAUAGGUGGCAAGAUGGAAGAGGCUGCAGAACUGUAAGACGACUAUUUCAUAAAGACCUGACAAGCCUAGAAACCAUGUCAGAAGUAGAAGCAGGAAGCCAUGAAAACAAGAAGCAGAGGUCCAGACCUCGGAAACCACGGAGGAUAAGAAAUGAAGACAGUGAACAGGAUGGAGACUUGGAAGGCCCUGUCAUUGACGAGUCUGUGCUUUCAACGAAGGAGCUCCUGGGCUUACAGCAGGCUGAGGAGCGAUUGAAAAGAGACUGCAUUGACAGGCUGAAAAGGCGACCAAGAAACUACCCUACAGCAAAGUACACUUGCAAACUUUGUGAUGUUUUAAUUGAAUCCAUUGCAUUUGCCCAUAAGCAUAUCAAAGAAAAGAGGCACAAGAAAAACAUUAAGGAGAAGCAGGAAGAAGAGCUGCUCACUACAUUACCCCCACCCACGCCCUCCCAGAUAAAUGCAAUUGGUAUCGCCAUUGACAAGGUGGUACAGGAGUUUGGCUUACACAGUGAGAACUUGGAACAGAGGCUAGAAAUUAAACGGGUCAUGGAAAAUGUGUUCCAACACAAGUUACCAGAUUGUUCUCUAAGAUUAUAUGGGUCAUCCUGUAGCCGAUUGGGUUUCAAAAAUUCGGAUAUAAACAUUGACAUUCAGUUUCCAGCCAUUAUGUCUCAACCAGAUGUUCUCUUACUUGUUCAGGAAUGUUUAAAGAACAGUGAUUCUUUUAUUGAUGUUGAUGCAGAUUUCCAUGCUAGGGUGCCAGUGGUGGUGUGCAGAGAGAAGCAAAGUGGUCUUGUUUGUAAAGUGAGUGCAGGAAAUGAAAAUGCUUGUCUGACAACAAAUCAUUUAACUGCCCUUGGAAAACUAGAAUCAAAGCUGGUUCCUUUGGUGAUUGCAUUUAGGUACUGGGCAAAGCUUUGCAGUAUAGAUCGCCCUGAAGAAGGAGGUUUGCCACCAUAUGUGUUUGCCCUGAUGACCGUUUUCUUUCUUCAGCAGAGGAAAGAACCCCUUCUGCCUGUUUAUCUAGGAUCAUGGAUUGAAGGAUUCUCAUUAAGUAAACUAGGCAACUUCAACCUUAAAGACAUUCAGAAAGAUGCUGUGGUCUGGGAAUACACUGAUAAUUGCACAGGGGAUGCAGACACAGCAAAAGAAGAGGCACCAAAAGAAAUACCUGUUAAAAGGGGACAGGUAUCAUUAAUAUUUGAUUUAAAACACCAGCCUUCAGUACCGGUUGGGCAGCUCUGGGUGGAAUUGCUUCGAUUCUAUGCUUUAGAAUUUAAUUUGGCUGAUUUAGUGAUAAGUAUCCGAGUCAAAGAAUUGGUGUCUCGUGAAUCAAAGGAUUGGCCCAAAAAGCGCAUUGCCAUUGAAGAUCCCUACUCUGUUAAAAGAAAUGUGGCAAGGACCCUAAAUAAUCAACCUGUGUUUGAAUAUAUACUUCAUUGUUUAAGGACAACGUAUAAAUAUUUUGCUCUUCCACACAGAAUUACAAAAUCCGGCCUUCCAAAGCCUCUGAGUACUGUUGCAUGUAUUUUGGAACAUUCUAAAGAAGUAGCAAAGCAUGAUUCAGAUGUACAAGCAAAACAUGAUAAAUUUGAAAACUCAGUUUUGGCUCAAGGUCCCAGUGCUGCCAGUUCAGCUGCAAACCCCUGCAAGGUACAGGCACUCACUUGUAAAGAGCCUGCUGAAAGCUUUGGAAGCCCACCAUUGGAGGAGACAGGAAACACGCACAUCACUGUACACAUGGAAAAUUCAGACUGUAUCAAGGCAGAGGUCCAUUAUGAUGACCAUGAAGAUGGGAAAGUACACCAUCAAGAAACAGGAAGUAAAACUGAGAAGGAGAAAAUUGGAAGGGAGGGCCAGCAUCCUGUGACUGCUGAGAAUCAAGGUUUAAGCAAUAGCAAACAUGGAGAGCCCGUCAUCUGUGGCAACACACAAAAUGUUAAGACAGACAGCAGUUUGGAUUUAGAAGAUUUCCAAAAUCCUACCAGUGAAGAGUGCGAUGGACUUGGUGCUUUGGAUAACAAGGCUGAUGUGGAUGAAAGAAGCAUAGAAGGCGCUGAUGAGUCAGAAGAUGCUCUAAGCCACUUUGCCCCUUCAAGCCAGGGACAGACAUCGGGAGUCAUUAACUCUGAUGAAGAGGAGGAGGAGGAGGACGAAGAACCCAGGCUGUCCAUUCCCCAAAGGGAAGAUGAGGACGACAUUGCUCGUGACGAUGAGUUAGACCACGGCUGCACUGGGUCAGGGGAUGAGGAUGCCCUGUCUGAAGAGGAUGAGGAAGUAGGCGGGUCUCCUAAGUAUGAAGAUUUGAAAGAAUCUGGAAAAGAUAUAAAUGGAGCACUGCGAAUGGAACUUAAUAAAAUCAGUCUUAAGGAACAAAAUGUGUGCGAGGAAAAUUCAACCGUGGGUCUGUCUGAUUUCUUCUAUGAAUUUAGUAAAUUCACCUUCACCAAAGGCAAGUCUCCAACAGUAGUGUGCAGUUUAUGCAAACGAGAGGGUCAUCUAAAGAAGGACUGUCCUGAAGACUUCAAAAGAAUCCAGCUGGAACCCUUGCCACCAUUAACACCUAAAUUUUCACAUAUCCUAGAUCAAGUUUGCAUCCAGUGUUACAAGGAUUUUUCUCCAACUAUUUUAGAAGAACAGGCACGUGAACAUAUUCGGCAAAACCUAGAAAGUUUCAUAAGACAGGAGUUUCCAGGAACAAAAUUGAGCUUGUUUGGCUCCUCCAAAAAUGGAUUUGGGUUCAAACAGAGCGACCUUGACGUCUGUAUGACAAUUAAUGGCCUUGAAACUGCUGAGGGGUUGGACUGUGUAAGAACUAUUGAAGAAUUGGCAAGAGUCCUCAAAAAACAUUCAGGUCUGAGAAACAUCUUACCGAUUACAACAGCAAAGGUGCCAAUUGUCAAGUUCUUCCAUUUGAGAAGUGGUCUGGAAGUGGACAUCAGUUUGUAUAACACAUUGGCCCUUCAUAACACGAGGCUCUUAUCUGCUUAUUCAGCAAUUGAUCCCAGAGUGAAAUAUUUGUGCUAUACCAUGAAAGUAUUUACAAAGAUGUGUGAUAUUGGUGAUGCAUCUAGAGGCAGCUUAUCGUCAUAUGCAUACACGCUUAUGGUGCUAUAUUUUCUCCAGCAGAGGAAUCCACCAGUCAUUCCCGUUCUUCAAGAGAUAUACAAAGGUGAAAAGAAACCUGAAAUAUUUGUUGAUGGCUGGAAUAUUUAUUUUUUUGAUCAAAUAGAUGAACUGCCCACCUAUUGGCCAGAAUAUGGAAAAAAUACAGAAUCUGUUGGGCACCUCUGGCUGGGACUUCUUCGUUUCUACACAGAGGAAUUUGAUUUUAAAGAACAUGUUAUUAGCAUCAGAAGAAAAAGUCUCCUUACAACUUUUAAGAAACAGUGGACCUCAAAAUACAUUGUUAUUGAAGAUCCCUUUGAUUUGAAUCAUAAUCUUGGAGCGGGAUUAUCAAGGAAAAUGACAAAUUUUAUAAUGAAAGCAUUUAUUAAUGGUAGAAGAGUAUUUGGUAUUCCAGUCAAAGGAUUUCCGAAGGACUACCCCUCAAAAAUGGAGUACUUUUUUGAUCCAGAUGUGCUAACUGAAGGAGAGCUGGCCCCAAAUGAUAGAUGUUGCCGUAUUUGUGGGAAAAUUGGACACUUCAUGAAGGACUGUCCUAUGAGGAGAAAAGUGAGGCGACGGCGGGAUCAGGAAGAUACCCUGAACCAAAGAUACCCUGAGAACAAAGAGAAAAGAAGCAAAGAGGACAAAGAAACUCAAAACAAGUACACAGAUAGGGAGGUCUCAGCAAAAGAAGAUAAGCCUGUGCAGUGCACACCUCCAAAAGCCAAGCCAGCGAGGGCAGCUGUCGACCUGGGGAGAGAAAAAAUGCUCAGGCCACCAGUGGAAAAAUGGAAGAGACAGGAUGACAAAGACUUAAGAGAAAAACGUUGUUUCAUUUGUGGCAGAGAAGGGCACAUUAAAAAGGAAUGCCCGCAAUUUAAAGGCUCUCCAGGUAUAUCUAAAUCAGAUUGUGUAUUUGGAUCCCCUUCUUCACCUAGCCCUUUGAGACCAACUGGCACGUUUGUUCAGGCAGUGCUUUUACAUGAAGACAAAAAGAAACAAAAAACAACUAUAUUUUUGAGUCCCCAGUCAGGUAGCCUUUCCAGUAAAUACAUGACUCAGGGAAAAGCCUCAGUGAAGAGGACCCAGCAGGAAUCAUGAGGAAGGAAAUUGCAGCGCUCUAAAUGGCCACUCAGGCGUUUCUAUUCACUUUGAAAAUUAGGUUCAUUUCACAGGACACAGCACCAUAGAUCAGGCUUCGACUUAACAUUUACGGGAAAUGUCAGAUUUUUUAAUUGAAUGAAAUUGUUAAUGAGGAAAAAAAAUUUUAAUAUAAUCUUACCUAUCACAAAUCCCCAUAGAUUUAAGGAUUUUAAUAAAAAGCCAUGGUGUGUUCAUUUAAGCCAGGUUUUUAAAAAAUGUAACUAUGGGCCAGUAUUCAGUGAAUACAAUUAUAUGCUUUUUAAUUUUCAAAGCACACUGAAAAUGGUGUGCUGAUAAACCCCAAGUAAAUUAAUCUUUUCUUUCCUGUAAGUCCCUUUUUUGUUUCGAAGAGGGGAAAUUAUAUUUAUUGUUGUUUACCGAAUCCUUGUGUGAAAGCGUGUCAAAUACGUGUGAACUGCUACUACUGUAUUUACAAUUUACAAACCUUAUUUUAUUGAUAUUUGUAGAAGAAGUGAUAAAAUGAACAUGAGUACCUAUUUAUGUGAGUCUUCCAUAGAUGAGCAAUGCCACUGAGGGCCUUUUUGUUUUUCCCCUCUCUAAUUUUAAGUAAGUUGACAUAUAACUACUUUGCUUAUAAAAAUGAAAUAAGGAAAACAAGUAGUCCUGUUUGCUUCUGAAAACGUUUUCAAAGGAAAAAUGACAAAAGUGCUUUUUACUUUUUAUAACAUUCAAAAAUUAGGGUGGAGAACUUCAAAAAAUCCCUGCAGAUUAAAGAGACCGUCUUUGCCAAUCACAGAUUUGGUUGGUGUCAUUUUAGGUCUGACUGAAACCCUCAUGGAACCGUUUCUCUAACUUCACAAGCCCUUCAGAAGUAGCACAUGGUCAGAACUAUUCCUUGGUUUAUUUAUCAUUUUGAAAUAAAAUCAAAAUUUUGACCUGUAAUUUUAGCCACAUCGCUUUCUAGUGAGAGUCCUAAAUUACAUGAGGAAACUCGAUCAAGGAAUAGGGCAGUACAGGUCCACUCCUCUUCAUCCCGUGCUCCCUUAGCUUGAACUCAUGCAGCCUGGUGUUCAUUGACACCCACCGUCUGCCAAGCACUGGGGAUGUGCCAGUAAGAGGCACAGACUUUGGGUGAUGAGCUCAUAGAGAGGGAUGCAGAAGGUGCUUACUGAACAAGCAUUCCCAGAUAGAAGAGGACUCAAAAAUUACACACCUGUGUGCCCUUCUUUUAAACAAAUUACUUGAAGACAUUGCAGCUAUAGAAGAAUCAUACCAAAAUUAACUUUAGAAUUGGAAGUUAUGGUAGAAUUAAUGAUCAUUCCUUAUUCACAUUGAAUGAACACAAACUCGUGGAUUAAGUGAAUUAUGAAACCAAGGCUGAAAGUCUGCCCUACUUGACUUUCCUCAGCUGCUGCUCUUCUGAGUUCUCUUGCCUUCGGAAAUGAAAGUCAACUUGAACAGGCAUACAAUUCUUGUCACACUUGGGAAGCAUGUUGAUGUUGUUGUCUUCCGGCAUUAUAGCAGACAUCCGAGGCCAGCCUAAUUUUUGUCCCCUUGUAGGUUGUAUUUUUCUGCUUGGGUACUUCUGUUUAUCCCUGUAACGUUUGUGUCAGUAACUUUUGUGUGAAACAAAAUUGAAUCCAAUUAUCUCCCCACCCAAGUUUUCAAUUUGAGAAAGUGUAUUAAUUUUUUUCUCAAAAAUACUUUUGUCUUAAUAUUUUUCUAUCAUCUUUUUCUUUCAUGUUAGGAAAACUUCUCAAGUUUAAUCUUCACAUGACUGGCUUGAUUUUUAGUGUCAUUCUGCUGUUUUCUGUUUCUAACAUGAAUUUUGUCAUUUCAAUUCUAAUUUUCUUUAACUUAACCUUACCCACCUUCCUUUUCCUCUCAUUCUUUUAGUUUAUUUUUAUCUUUUCAUAGAAAUCAUGUUUUCUUACACCUUUUUAAGGAUGUUCAAAAAUGCUCUGCAUUCUAUUCUGAUUCCUAUAGUAGAUUCUACCCAGUGUAUUGGGCUUUUUUUUUUUUCUUUUGAUCCCUCCACUGGAUCAAUGGGACAGUGACCAGUAUUUACCAGUAGACCUGGAAAACUGACUGCCCUUGGUUGUUUGCUCCCUUUAUUUGGAUGCUGGUCACAGCCCCUUCUUCGCGCCCCAGCCGGGGGACAGACAUAUCUGCUCCAUGCCAUGUCUUGUUCGCAGGGCAUAGUUAUCUUUCAAAUGCAGCUGGCUGUCUCAUAACAAGCUCCACAAAUGCACCACUACUGGGAUUCUCCUUUCCUCUCAAAAACAAAAAUAUGAAAUCCAUUUUGUAUAGCCCCAAUCAAUACUUUUUAAUCUCUUGCUCAGUGUGUAGAGUAUCAACAACAUGGAUCUGAGUGGAAAAAAUUGUGGGCAGAUUGGUCAAUAGCAUUCAUAGUGUUACAGGCAAAAAGUUGAAAAGCAAAUACAGAAUUUAACAAACACCCAUAAAACCGUAAAGAUGUGCUCUGUGCUUUUUUUCUUUGAAAGCAGGUGUAUUUGGACAGCAGUCAAGAAUUUCGCAAGCUUCAUUGUGGAAUUCUAGACUUCACUGGAGUCUGGGUUUGCUACACUCAGAAUGUUGAGUGUAGCAUUCUCCCCUAACUUCUUGGCAGUUCACUUUCCUUGCCUAUGAAAUGGAAAUCAUAUCUGUCCUUCCACAGAGUAAUGAGGAUCAAGUGAGGUCUUACUAGAAAAGACUUUUUAAAAUGGCUGGAAACCUGAAACUAAAUCCUGAAGUGCAGUACUGAAUAUUUCCCCAUUGAAAGUUUUUAACCUGUUAGUGGAAAUCCAAAAGUGUGUACAGCUUGCAAAACUCCCAACAGUUCCCGAACCCUUCUCACUUCAACACCGCAGGACGGCUGCUGCUCUGAGAUAAAGGAGCACACAUAUUUCUUACAUAGUCAUGAAAACUCUUAUAAUGACACACCAAUUGAAGGGAUCUGCACCAUUUUCAAAUAACAUUAGGUAUCAAUGAUCCACUGACAAGUAGAUUUUGUGACUUAGCAGUUACAUGCAAAACAACUAACCCAAGUUAAGAACAAUAGUGUGGAUUAAAUAAAGGAAAGAUGGUUUUUAAACAUACACAGGAUCCUGAAUUAAGAAAAAGAACUAAAUUUUUAAGUGUCGAAUGUACUGUACUAAAAAGCCUUAAGCGUCGUUUGUAAAAUAGCCAACACGUCCUUCCUACAGCUCAAAGUUGUGAGGCUACUGCAAGUGCUCAGGGUUCUCUUGAAAGCUGAAAAGUGCUACACGACCUGUAUAAUACUUCAAUAAUUGAUAAAAUGAUAAUGGCAUUUUCCCCAUUAACUUUUUUAGAGCAGUUUUGGGUUUACAGCAAAAUUGAGCGGAAAAUGCAGAGUUCCCGUAUGCCU